AUGGCUGUUAGAUUUGAGGAAGUCUCUCUCCAUCAGAAGUUCAGGAUUAGGUGGUUAGAGUUUGGUGAUCAGAACACUGCCUUAUUCUAUCAUUCUGUUAGAUCUCGUAUGAGCCACAACUCUUUGCUCUCUAUGGUUAAUUCUGGUGGCUCUCGGUUGACUUCUCAUGAUGGGGUGGUUCAGGUGGCUGUUAAUUAUUUUUGCAAUAGUUUGGGGUUACAGAUUAUUGGUUAUAGGGAUCCGUCUCUCGUGAUCGAUGACAUUGUUCAGUUUAGGUGGUUUGAGAAGUGUUGCCUUGCUUUACAAACCCCUAUUGAGCUUGAGGAGGUUAGGAAGAUGUUAUUUUCCAUUGAUAGUGGAAAGACUCCAAGUUUUGAUGGCUUUUCUGUUGGUUUCUUUAAAGUUCUAUCUCGUAUGUUGAACAGACCCAUCCAGAGUUUCCAGUUUCAUCAGCAAUGUGAAAAGAGAUUUGGUAAGUUUUUGGAUUUGUUUGCAAAUUUAGGGAAAAGCUCUAUGUUUGUUGUGGGGGUUAGUAGUGAGACUGCUUCUCUUUUGACUGGUAGUAUGGGUUUUGUUAUGAGGUUACAUCCUACCGGUUGUGCUUCUUUUAUUCAGCGUAUAACUAGCCGAAUUCGCUCUUGGGCUGCAUAG